GUCAUUUACCCCAACCCACCAGGUGCGUUUGCUGGUCUCCAUCGUCACGAGUGUCAGUGACUCGAGUGUCGACUUCUCGGCCGCUCGUUCAGCUCACGAUCGACAGUUUGUACCCACAUCGAUAAGGAAGAUUGUUCCCAGGCGUUCGUCUCCUUUCGACUUGAAUCGUCUUGUCUUGAAUUAUAAUAUUGUCAUAAAAUAUACGCAAUGCCUUACGACUUUGGAACCUGGGAUCGGAAUUGCAAUGCGGAACAAAGUCAACCUUUGACGGGGACUUUAACAGGUACUAUCCCCUCAUGGCUGCGGGGCAGCUUGGUCUGCAACGGUCCCGGCCUCAUGAAAUACGGAGACCAUGAGUUCAAGCACGUGUUUGACGGCUCCGCCAUGUUGCAGAAGUUCACCAUUUCAGAGACCGGCAUGACUUACACCAGCAAGUUCAUCAAGUCAUUCGCGUACACCACCAACACUGAACAUCAACAGAUUGUCGUAUCAGAAUUCGGAACCAGGGGGUGUUCAGUGACCAAAGGAUUCCUGUCCAAGCUUGGCUCAAAGUUCCAGUUCGACAAGAUGUUCUCAGACAAUCCUCCCGUGACGCUGGCGCGCUUCGGUGGUGCAUACUACGCGACAACUGAAGCACCGUUCCUGCACCGCAUCGACCUUGACACUCUCGAGACUGGGGAAAAGGUGAACCUGCACAAGUUACUGAACCUGAACUCUCAGUGUCCGCACCCCGUGACCCUAGCGGACGGCGCCACCGUGAACGUUCAUAGCGCCGUCGGGCCGCUCGGCCCCCGCUACGAGGUCGUCAAGUUCCCUCCCACGUGCCCUGCUGGAGCAGACUCUGUAUUUGCGAAGCCGGUGAAGCUUGCAUCGUGCGAGACGCGCUGGAAGCUCAACCCUUGCCACAUGCACACCUUCGGUCUGACGGAACACUACGCGCUGCUGCCCGAACAGCCGCUCACUGUCGACGUCACUGCCAUGGUCGCCAACACCAUCAAGGACAAGCCGCUCAUCGAGGGCAUGGAGUGGCUUAAGGAUAAACAGGUGAAAUACCGUAUUCUGUCCCUGGAGACGGGAAAAGAGCUCAAACUGAAGGUGAAGAGCGAGUCGUUCUUCUACAUGCACAUCGCUAACUGCUAUGAAGAAGCUGACCAUUUGGUGUUCGACGUCACGACUUUCGAGACUCCUUCGCUGCUGCAUCAGUUCAAGUUGGAGAACUUAAGGACCAAAGGUAGCGCUCUGGCAGGAGAGGUCGACAGCGGCUGCAUUCGGCGCUACGUUGUACCGCUCAACGAAAGCGUCAAGGCGGCACCCGAAGAAAACCUGGUCAAACUUCCAGGAGCGCAAGCCACAGCCCACAGGCAAAAAGAUGGAACGAUCUUCCUCACGUCUCAGAAAUUGUCCGAUGUCGCUUACGAAAACCCUGUGGUGAACCCUGCGAUGGAGCGCAAGCCUUACAACUUCUUCUAUGGCAUCUCGGGAGACAUGACGUCCAAUAAGGCCUCAGUGGGGAAAGUGAAUGUCAGGACCGCCGAAGUAACGCGGUGGGACGCGCCAGACGACGUCUACGCCGCCAGUAUUGCGUUCGCUCCUCGACCUGGAGCUACGGCUGAGGACGACGGUGUGCUGCUGGUGCACUGCGUGCACGCUGAGCGCCGGCGGGUGUCGCUGUGGCUGCUCAGCGCUGCCGACCUCAGCGACAUAGCGUCCGCCUCCUUCACGCUCGCCACCGACGCACCCAGAGCUCUUCAUGCCGUCUACAUGCCUUGAGUUGCGUCGUGAUGUGCACACAAACUUAUGAUUUUUAGUCGACUUUAUUACCAAAACGACUAACUUGGCAAAAUAACAUGUUGAAGAAUAAUUUUGUUACUGUCUAAAAGUUCACUGGUAAAAAUUCCUGAUCGUUCGUAUUAUCAAUGAUUGGAGAUGAAGGAACCAUCCGUUUUAAAUCUUAUGAGAUAAAGUUAACUAUCAGUGUGAAAUAUUAGGAGAGACAUUUUAAUGAACAGAUCGUGUAUAAAAUUAAAAUGCUGAACUACUGGUACAGUCUACGUAUAGUUGUCAUCACUUCUGUAAUCAUUGAUACCUAGGAUCAUCGUCGUCGCUCUCGACAGACAUUUAAAUAAUAUCUAAUGCUAUCAAUACAUGAAGCUUGUGCAAGACAAAUUGACUACUUGACCUUCGUUGAUCUAACGGAGAUUCCCAAUGAUUUUGUCAUCAUUGUAGGAAUUCAUCUUCGGGAUUGAUUACCUCUACCUAGACGAAAAGAUUCAUUAAAGUUUUACUAUAGGAAAGCUUUUAGAAUUGUUGCGCAUAAUUAACACCUUAACGUAGUGUUAUUACUGCCUUGCAAUACUCUGCUCAUCUAGUGGCAACUUUCGAAGACGAGUCUGAUCGUUCAAUCGUCUGUAUUGUGUUGAUGACGGCUGUAGUUUACA